UGGUAUGUUAGCGUAAUGGAGCAAGAAUCGGGAUCGACCAUUGGUGCUGCUCUUCCUGCUCCCGGGAUGACGUCAUCUUGUCCUGCCCCUCCUGGUUUACCUCCUGGCCCGGAAAUGCAAUGGUUGGUCCCUAAUUUGCAUGCAGGAAGUGGCAGCCCCACCAUGAUGGAGAGCUUCAAGAUGGCGGCGCCACUCGCACAGAUAGACGACGAGUGGCUCGACUUCACCUCCCCUUCAGACGUUGUCAACUCCAACGACACCACGUCUUCGUGCACAGAUGACAACCAAGACGUGGACAAUGUGGAUAACUGUGGUUUUGGGGUCGUCAGUUUCAAAUCCAUGGAGGACUUGGUGCACGAAUUUGACGAAACACUGAACAUUUGUUUUCGGAACUACAACGCCAAGACAGACUCUAUAGCGCCGGUAAAGGUGCUUUCACAAGAAGAAAUUAUGGAGAACUCCGAGAUGAGCUCCUUUGGCGUCCAUAACGUAUUGUGGCAGGGUCUGACGGACAACUUUGCCAACGUGUUGCCGGUGGACUGGAACUCGUCCUACACAAGGCAGCUCUACAACAAAGCCUUGAACCUUAACGAACAAAAGAGAGAGGAGCCAAUGAACCUUGACCUCUCUGAUGAUGAGGAGCUGCGAGAGUCGUUUGAUGCCCACUCCCUCAUCAUCUCCAGCCUCACGCAGGAGCCCAUCUUCACUGCAGAGGAGGUCAUCGAGGAGAUUGAUGAGAUUAUGGGAGAAACAUCCAUGGAGGAGGAGACCCCAGUCAGUGAGGACAGUCUGUCUGUGCUGUCGCAGGAGAUGCUGGCGCUCAGGGAGAGGUCCAACACCGUCACCAGCUACGAUGAGAGUAAGGCUGCUGAAGGACCUCCAGGUGAGACAGCACUCCACUUCACACCUGCUCACUUCAACCAAUCACCUGCUGCUGCUAAGUGCCUGAAGAAGCUGCCGCUCCAGACUCUGAACGAGGUGCUGGAAGAACUGGAGGCGACCAUCAAGGAGUACUCCGAGAUCCUGAUCCAACAGCUGGCCCUCAGGGAUGAGCUUGUAUAUGAGAAGGAGGUGAAGAACCAGUUCAUCUCUGCCCUGGUGGCUGUGCAGAACAGACAGCGGGAACACAAGCAGAACAAGGACAACAAAAAGAAAAGGAAAAAAGUGAAGGGAGGCAAUGGCACAGAACCUGGAACUCCUGAAAUGUCAGUGCGAGAAUUCGCUGCACACUCACCUUUUCUGUACACAGUUAUUCCAUACGAGAAGAAAAACUCCCCCAUGACAGCGGAGGAUCUUCAAAUACUUACUAAAAUACUGGUAGCCAUGUCUGAAGACAGUGACAAGGUCCCCAGUUUGUUAACUGACUACAUUCUCAAGGCCCUCUUCUGAUGGAAAACUAAGUAACAAUCAGCAACAUUGUUGUGUCCAUCACAAGACAUGAUGGUUCCAACAUGAGACCUGCCUGCCACCACACCUUCCAACCCUGCACCCUGAGAAGCCAUUUGGAAGAGCUCCACCACAGUCAGAACUUUCUCAGGACCUGACUCAUAUUAACUGCUAUGGGAAGACUGAAGUUGUAGGAGACAGCUGUGUUUGCAUUAAGUAUCAGAUGUAGCAAGAGCAAGCACCACAAACUUUUUCACAGGAUACUGGAGGAAGGUAUUCUGCAGCCUGCAACCACAAUUGCUAUUGAAAUGUGGAAAAUGCAAACACAGGUGCUGUUGAAAUGUGGAAGAUUGAAACUCAUUUCAGUUGAUUCGGGUCAGGUGAUCAGCACUAGCAACAAAUACUAGAAGUAUCUGCACAAAUUGAAGAAUUCAAAUGUCUUCUUGAUUAGUCCAAAUUUGGUUAGAGUAGAUAGUUCCUUUUGCAAGGUCUCAGCUGAUGCUAAGGCUGUUCCAGAUGCCUUGAUUAACUAUGUGCAAAUUGGACUCAGUUGUGUAAAACUUCGGAAAGAAACACAGCUAUUGCAAGUUGUAUUAAUGGGUAUAUCAAAGUUUGGUCCUGUGAUGAGCUUCUUGAGAUGCAGAGAAAGCAGACGGUUGCUAUGAACUAGAAAUAUGUAGACAAAUGUUGUAACCUCUUUAUAAAGUAGCUAGAGGCUAGGCAAAGUCAAGACGUGGAUGGCUGCACAUCUUCGUCUUCUGUGUUAGAGACCAACUCUAAAUUUUAUACACCCCUGCACUGAGAGUGAGUCACUCCAAUAGCCUGUCACAAUGUUUCUGGUAACAAGUCAUUCCAUUUACAGUGCAGGUACUUAGUUUGGUCUUUUGUUAAAUAUAGAAAGACAUCAAUUUAGAUGGAGGCGAGAAACGUGUUGACUGCCAUGCUCUUUUCUAACUCUGGAGGAAACAAAUGCUCAUGUAUAACCAUGGUGUAAUAAUUCAAGUCUUCACAGUGAGGAUGAUUGUUGGCUCUGGACAUUGUAGCAUGUAUGUGUAAACUACGAAAUAUUCCUGCUUCUAGAUGCUCAUGCAUGAAUCCCCUCCCUAGCAAGGUUAUGUGUAUAACUGGUGUGAAAGUUUGUAUAUGGAGAAAUAAGUGCAAAUGCAAAGGUAUCGUACAGCAAGUCAUUGCUAUGGAUGUGACUGUAAAAAAUGAUGGUGCUACGGUAAAUACCCUGGCCUGCCAUCUGGUAGUUAGCUCACCUGUUUAUUAAUGUCAAUCCAGCCAUGUAAAAAUGCUCUUCCAGUAUUGUGGAUACAUGUUAGUCAUAAAGAGAUGUGAGGGUAAGUUAAAAGGAGGAGAUGGCCAUUGGAAAAUGCAGUUCAACAGACAGACUAAGCGUAAGGUAGUAGGAAGUCACUAUGGUGGUUCUCACAAGACUUGAUAGGUGGCACUUGUGUACUACUCAAAUGACUCAGGUUUUAUUGUUCCAGUAUGUCACAUCAACAUCAUCCCCGGGAAUAAGUCUAAUGCGCAUUCAGCCUGUUGCAACAGGAUAUAACUCUCACACAACAUGGUCUCUCACAAAAAUACUUGAAAGAACAACAAACAUUGUGAGUGCCACUGAAACAACUGUUUAGGGAUCAUGGAGGCACAAAAAUUAUAACAAGAAGAGCCACAACCGACAUGCAAAUUGGUCAUGAAGUCUGAAGUGCCCACUGUUGGUGCAGCUUUGAAGAGAUGUUGGCUGAAACAGAAGAGAAGAAGUAUUAUAAUGAAAAGGAACGCUGGUUUGGAAAAAAUCAAAACACAGGCAGUAAGAGCAGUUGCUUACAGUGCAAGUUAGCAGGUUAGAUGAUCUUUGCUACUAGAGUUAAGAAGAACAUCCAUGUAUGCAUGUAGAUGGUAACUAUCAGUGAAAACAAGCUUUCUGGGUAACUAAGUGCAUUGACCAUCUAAUGGUGUAAAGUUGUCUAGAUUAUUCUGCAAUGCUUAGAAAUUUUCCUUUUGUAAAAAAUGUACAUUACUGUGAUUAUGUUGAUUGCAAGAUUUUAUGUUUUGUACUUUUGUAUUAUUUAUUGUUUUUAAGCGUUUGAACUGCCAAAUUGUUGCAAUGUUAUAAUGUAAAGUGAAAUGAAUUCUACUUUUAAUCUAGAAUUUUAGUACAUUUAGAUUCCUUCAUAAGGAAGUUUUGUGGUCUUGGUUUUAAGAACUCCUAAUGGGCCAGAUGUAACAAAAAACUUCGCCACUUGUAAUUUUGUAUUGUUGCAGGGUCAUGUUUCAAACUUAUGUAUAUUUUGAUGGUGCCUCUGUUUAUGAUAUUUUCAUGGUUGGAUAUGAACAUGUUAACAUGGUUUUGUAAUAAUUAAAAUACAACUUUGAUGGCCGUUAGACAAAAGGGACAGAUUAGAGUGUACAUACAGUUGUUGUGACAGCAGCUAGGAAUGACUUGAUAGGCAUACCUAUAAUGGUGAAGCCAUCGCAAGUUGCAAGACAUUAAUCAUGAUACACACAUGCUGGGUAAUAAAUGGGCACUCUUCUAAAGG